AUGGGCGCACUGUAUAUCGCUUAUGACGGGAUUGGGGGCUUGACCGUAUCCUACGGGAAAGCCCGAGUAUGGUGGAGAAGCUAUGCAAGCAGACAGCCGCGGGAGUCUAGAUGGCAAGGCACCCUUGCCUUGUCCUUUCCAAGAACCAAUGAUAGCACCCAAGCACAUGCAAGAUGGCUCAACGGCAGGGAAGAAAGGGAAGCUUUGGUGUCGUUAUUGAAGGAAUUUCGAGAUGUGUUUGCUUGGAGUUAUGAAGAGAUGCCCGGCCUUAAUCCAAACUUGGUGGAAGUUGAAAAGCUGCUAGCCGCUGGAUUCAUCAAGCCAAUCAAACACCCGACAUGGCUAGCAAAUAUCGUACCCGUGAAGAAGAAAACUGGGGUAAUCAGAAUAUGCACAGACUAUCGUGAUCUCAAUCGAGCCUGCCCAAAAGAUGAAUUCCCGCUGCCCAACAUGGAUAUCUUGAUUGAUUCAACCUCGGGUCAAGGCAUGCUAUCCUUCAUGGACGGAUUUAGUGGCUAUAAUCAAAUCAAGAUGUCUCCCAAGGAUGCCGAGAAAACAGCCUUUCGAACACCUUAUGGAAAUUUCUACUACACGGUCAUGCCAUUUGGUCUCAAAAUGCCGGUGCUACCUACCAACGGGCCAUGA